AUGGCCGACGAGAACGGUAAUGAGCCGAUCAAGCGCGAUGUGCGCAACCACAUGCUUUUUGAAGUGGCUACCGAAGUGGCGAACCGGGUCGGGGGUAUCUACUCGGUGCUCAAGUCCAAGGCGCCCGUCACUACCGCCGAGUAUGGUGAGCGGUAUACCUUGAUCGGUCCCCUGAACAAGGCCUCCGCUGCCGUCGAGGUGGAGGAGCUGUCGCCGUCCAGCCCGGCCAUGCGCGACACCAUCAGCUCCAUGCAGGAGCGCGGCAUUGAGAUCGUCUACGGUCGCUGGCUCAUCGAGGGCGCCCCGCGGGUGCUUCUCAUCAAUACCGGCACGGGUUACCGGUGGCUCGAUGAGUGGAAGGGCGAUCUGUGGAACACCUCCGGCAUCCCGUCCCCGGCUGCCGAUCACGAAACCAACGAGGCGAUCGUCUUUGGCUACCUCGUCGCCUGGUUCUUGGGUGAGUACAUCGCCCAUGAGCGUCGUCGCGCCGUGGUCGCCCACUUUCAUGAGUGGCUGGCCGGUGUCGCCCUGCCAUUGACCAAGAGGCGACACAUGGACCUGACUACCAUCUUCACCACGCAUGCCACACUCCUGGGUCGCUAUCUCUGUGCCGGAUCGGUCGACUUUUACAACAAUCUCCAAUACUUCGACGUCGACGCGGAGGCGGGGAAGCGUGGGAUCUACCAUCGUUACUGUAUUGAACGGGCAGCCGCUCACAGUGCCGAUGUAUUCACCACCGUGUCACACAUCACAGCGUUCGAGAGCGAGCACCUCCUCAAGCGCAAACCGGACGGUGUGUUACCCAAUGGCCUGAACGUCAAGAAGUUCUCCGCCAUGCACGAGUUCCAAAACCUGCAUUCGCAAGCCAAGGAAAAGAUCAAUGACUUUGUUCGCGGCCAUUUCUAUGGCCAUAAUAAUUUUGAUCUGAACAACACCCUCUACGUUUUCACCGCUGGUCGGUAUGAGUUCCGCAACAAAGGUGUCGACAUGUUCAUCGAGGGACUGGCCCGUCUCAAUCAUCGCCUCAAGGCCAGCGGGUCGACAAUGACUGUGGUGGCCUUCAUCAUCAUGCCUGCGCAGACCUCCUCGCUGACGGUGGAGUCACUCAAGGGCCAGGCUGUGGUCAAAUCUCUGCGUGACACCAUUGAGAAUAUCGAGAAAGGCAUUGGCAAACGCAUGUACGAACGCUGCCUCGCUUGGAAAGAAGGUGAUAACAUGCCCGACGAGAAGGAUCUGAUCACCAGUCAGGAUCGGGUGCUCCUGCGCCGUCGUCUGUUCGCCAUGAAGCGGCAUGGUCUCCCUCCCAUUGUCACGCACAACAUGGUGAAUGACCACGAAGACCCAAUUCUGAACCAGCUUCGUCGCGUGGAACUCUUCAAUAACUCGUCAGACCGUGUCAAAAUCGUGUUCCAUCCAGAAUUCCUUAAUUCUUCCAACCCUGUCCUACCACUUGAUUAUGAUGAUUUCGUCCGGGGAACUCACUUGGGAGUGUUUCCCUCCUACUACGAGCCUUGGGGAUAUACGCCAGCUGAAUGCACGGUGAUGGGCGUGCCGAGUAUCACCACUAAUCUAUCGGGCUUUGGUUGCUACAUGGAAGAGCUUAUUGAAAAUUCCUCCGACUACGGUAUCUACAUUGUCGACCGUCGCAUGAAGGGUGUGGAUGACUCGGUCAACCAGCUUACCGACUUCAUGUAUAACUUCACCCUCAAGAGCCGCCGGCAGCGCAUCAACCAGCGGAAUCGGACUGAGCGUCUCAGUGAUCUCCUGGACUGGAAACGCAUGGGGUUGGAAUAUGUCAAGGCUCGUCAAUUGGCGCUCCGGCGAGCUUACCCCUCCUCGUUUGACGGAUCGGAAGACUACUUCGACAUCAUCGGCGGAACUGACCAGAAGAUCUCCCGCCCACUAUCGGUUCCGGGCUCCCCUCGCGAUCGCUCUGGCAUGAUGACACCCGGUGACUUUGCGUCGCUGCAGGAAGGUCGUGAAGGUCUCGGCACGGAGGAUUACAUCGCCUGGAAGCUCCCAGAAGAAGAAGAGCCCGAUGACCACUUUUACCCCCUUACCCUCCGCACGCGCAAGACCACCGAUCGACCCCAAUCUCCACUAGACAGUAUAUCUCUGAAUGGGGAGCGUGCCGCAGAGGGCGGCAGUCCUAAAGAGACCUAA